AUGAGCUCGUCGCAGACCUCCGCGUUCCUCUUCCAAGACAUGUUCACCACCACCGACGUGGACAGGGGUACGCAACCUAUCAGAUCACACCGACACGUCUACCACAGCACUGACGUUCGCUCUUCACGUUCCUUGGCCUCACCUGCGACGUCGUAUCUGGCCGACGACAUUUUUCGUCUACCGCCCGUCAUUACCCCCGUAUUGCCUCCAUCGUCAACGAUAGAUGGCAAAAAGUUUGAUCGAGGUACGUUCAACAACACUGGAACCGGUCCGAUUCCGCUGCCUGACACUGGCAUGGUUCCAUUCUUCCCCUCUCGCAGUCUCGCGACUGACAGCUCGCUCGUCCAACUACGACAUGGACCUGACACUCGACGUGAGAAUCUCCCCUCGGCCAUCUCUCGCCGUCGUCUAGACCCAGCCAACUUUCCUGAUCACUCCCUUGAAACAGGUCAACAUCGAUCUCCUCCCCAUCACGCCCCAAACGACCUUCACGCUCGCGCUCACCUCGUCGCUCUUGCCCGAGGGGGAGAAGGAGACCGCAGGAGGAUGGAGGGCAGGGAUCGAAGGUGGAAUCGCCGAUGAGUGGGAAUACGUCAUGUAUGGCAAGGCGAGUAACGGCUUUAUUGCAUUGCAUGGCGACAAGAGCGGGAACUUCCGCCGGCAGGAAAACUCACCCCUUUCCAACUCUCAUCCCUCACCCCUCUCCCUCCCUCCGUCUCUAGGUGUACAAAUUCGACCAAGACACGCAAGAACGCGUCACGGCCUACGCCUCGUUCGGUGGUCUCUUGAUGGCUUUGUCGGGGAGUUACCGACAUGUCUCCAACGUCACCGUCGGCGAGAACGUGUACCUCUUGUUGAGGCGGUAA